UAAAUAAAAGCUUAUAAAAUAGCUACGAAUUCGAUAUCGUGCCUGUACUAAAUCUCCCGUUAUAUGAAUUUCGGAUUUAUUAACUUUAUUUUGUUUGUUUUACGACAUUAACAAAAUAAAAUGCUAUAAAUAAUUGAUUUAAUUGUACGGUUAAAUUAAUUGUUUUGUUGUUCAACCUGGAUAAGAAAAUUACAGAGUUUUAGUAAAGGUUUUAUAUUGAUUUUUGUGCACUUGAAAAAUGAUAACAAAAGUGACAAGCUUCAUUUUUAGUAUCGGUAAUUUUAUUGCAGUUACUCCUUUAUAUAGUAAUGGAGAAAUAACAGUUGUACGAAAAUUUUACGGUUUAUUUUUUGCCAUUGUUUUAACAAUAUCAAUACUUGUAUCAACAAUCAAUAGAGACUUUUAUAGAAAUAUUCCUACAGUUCCGGCUAUAGAACGCACAGUUUUAGACAUUAAUAUGGCAGUACUUAAUUAUUAUGUUAUAUUUUCCGUAAUUUUUUGGAAACGGACGCAGUGGCAAGACCUAGUCAAAAUACUUCACGUUUUAAUCGACAAAAAUUGUUUUUCAUUUGCCGUAGUUUUUCUCCUAGCACAAAUCUUUGAUGUUGCAUUUUUAGUAACGGCCUUUAGUUUAAAAUUAGAUUUGAUGGGAUUUGAAUAUAUAAAAAAAUAUAAUUUUGUGUACGUGCAAGACUAUAUGAUUUUUUUCUGCAACACAUUCAUCUGCUUUAUUUUAAGCAUUGUUUUACUAAAAUACAAACAGAUUUAUUAUUCGCUUCUUCAUACAUACCAAAUUGAAACUAUUGAAAGAGUUCAACAUAGGUUAAGGUUUUUAAAAUUCGUCAACGACAGUUUUAACAAUAUUUUUGGGUGGCCAAUAUUUUUAAUCAUCUCGUAUACUACGCUUCAUCUUCUUUGUCACUUUGAUAACAUAUUUGUGACGAGUAUAAGUCAGAAGUAUGGAUCUAUACCGACCAAAAAAAUUAUUGCUGAUUUUUCGAUCUUGUUUUUGUGUUUUUUUGGAACCGCAAGUAUGAUUUUGAUCUGUGAUGCUGUUCGUAUUGAAGCUGAAAAAAUUUUGACUAUUAGCUACAAGCUCACAGAAUUUUAUAAUAAAGAAGUACAUCUUACCAAAGUAAUUUUGAAAAAUUUCCCAACAUUCUCAGCUGCAAGGUUUUUCAAUGUUGACCGAUCAACACUAUUCAAAGUUUUAACCUCUGUGAUUGGUUUUUUUAUUGUCAUAGUGCAGAUUCGUCAAAACUAGCAAUAUGAACGAAGAUGUUUGUAAUGUGAUUAUACUGUCCACAAAUAACCGAAUAAAGUUUUCGUUGUCUAAUUGUAUUGAUUACUUGAUUAGCACAGAACAAAAGGGUUGCUUAUAUUACAAGAAUGAAAAUGAAUAAAGAAAAAAGAAAAAAAAAAGAACUGUAAUAAUGCUAAAAAAAAGGAUCAUCUUCCUCCAAAGAAAUGAAAUAAAUACAAACAAAACACGCGCAAAUUCAAAAACACCAAAUAAAUACAAAUUGGCCAAAAGUCAAGAUCGUCGUCAAAAGGAAGAAACCUAUGUUGUGUUUUUAAUAAUAGCGAACCUGAUCGUUGUAAUACGCAUGUGUGGGUAUUUGUAAUGGGAGAGUACUAGACUAAAAACAUAAAACAAAAGAGUAAUUAAACAGACUAUAAACAAAACAUAGGUACAACGAAACUACCAUCAAACCCCCAGCUAACAACAACCCUUCAUUCUUCCCCUCUCUCCUUCUCGGUAUUGGCUUGUUAAAUUUAUAUAAUAAAAAAUAGAAUUACUUAACAUUAAAAUAUUCAAAAUCAGUAAAGUCACAUUCUAAAUAUUCUGCAGUAGAAUAAAAGCUUUUUUGAGCUAAGUAAUUUUUGACUGUAUGAAGGAAAUUAUUAGGUGGUAGAUGCUUGAUGUGAAAUGGUAGAUGUUAUAAAAUUUAAUACAGAAGUAAUUGAUACCAUAUCAUGUCUUACUUUACUCAAUCGUAGAUUAUUAAAACAAAGGUCUUCAGUUCUUGUGUUGUAGUUAUGAAAGGAGUUUAAGAUGGUGUACCGAUCCUUAUGUAUAAUUACAUAUUCUAAACAUUUGAAGAUAAACAAUGAGGGUAAAAUUAGUAUCUUAAAUUUUCGAAAAAAGAUUUUACAAUCUUCACGGUAGGGAAUUCCUGCCAUCACUCUUACAGCCCGACGUUGUAGCCUGAAAAUCCUUGUUGUUAAACCAGUGUGUUCCCACAAAAUAAUGCAAUACUCUAUGUGACUCUGUAUUAAGGCCAAAUAAGCAGUUAAAGUUGUUUUUUGUGAGAUACAAUUCGUCAGAUUUCGAAGUAAGUAUACAGGGUGUUUCGUUUUUAUUGUUAAAAAUUUAAACAGGUGAUAGAAUAUUCAAUUUUAAGAUAAAAGUUUCCUAUAAACAUGUAUCGAAAAAUGCUACGCGAGAGCUACACACCCUCAAAGGGGUGCUUCUUUUAAUAGAUUUUUUUCAAUAUUUUAGAAGCCAUUGUAGAUAAAAUUACAAAAGUUGGUACAACUGAUAACCU